AUGGGUAGUGUUACAUGUAUAUUGUACAUCAUAUCAUUAUAUUAUCGCCAUCACACGCGUGCAAAGGCGUAAGCAGCUGCAAUAUGUUCGAUUUUUUUCCCUAUUAUACACAGCACUCAUUAUUACAAUAACCGUCGUCGUCAUCGUCGUCCGCGUACGAAUAUCAAGGAGGCAGCUGCUGUUUCGUUUCCGUCUCUCGUCCACCAAACGGUUUUAGUCUAGUUCCUGUGUCGGUACCAAACCGUCAACCGCCACUAUACGCGCGUGAACCAUAUACAGCGAAUAUCUGUAUAGGCUAUAGCCGUAAUACAUUUUUCUUAAAAAUAUUUUAUCUAUAUAGAUACUCAAUUUGAAAUAUUUAUUUUUAUAAUAAUUUAGUAAAAUUAAAGCGUUUUCAUAGUAUACCGCGUACAAUGUGUAUGUUGCUGUAGACGAUAUAAUAUUAUAGCUGCAGUUAUAUAUCACUGUUAACAUCGAGUAUUUUACUAUGUUCAUAAACUACAAUAAAAGAUUAUUCAGGCACAAAAAAAUGUAUUGAUUCUAAGUCAUCGCCUCAAAAACGACAUAACAAACAUUUCAUCGUUUUAACGUUUUUCUUGACAUAAGUGGGAAUGACUACGGAGGGAUUUAAAUCGAAGGAAAUUAUUUUGCAAGCCCAAAAAAAGUUCUUGGGCAAAGUAACCAAUAAAAAUGUUAUAAAAUUAUUUAUCCAUGAACGCAAUGCUAAUAUUCUAGAUAACUUAUAUCGACUUGCCAAAAUUUACACGGGAAAUAAGAAAGAAUCCGAAAAAUUGACGAAAAAUAUAAUCAAAAUAAUCGUAAAAUUAAGUAUUUUAUACAGAAAUGAUCAAUUUGACAGUAAUGAAUUAGAAUUAGCAAAUAAUUUUAAAGAUAAAUUUAGAGAAUUAACUAUGAUUGCUGUAAGUUUUUAUGAAAUAGAAUUUAGUUAUGACAAAAAUUAUAUUACUAAUUAUUUAUUUAAAUGUAGAGAAAUAUUAAAAGAAUUAAUUAAAAGACAUCUCACGGAUAAAACACUGUUACGGGUAGACAAAAUUUUUGAUUUUUUUUCAAAUCCUGUAUUUUUAGAUUCAGUUUUUAUUAAACCAAAUUCUGAAUUAACUGAAACCGUGCACGUUAUAAUUAACGACUUGAAAGAAUUAUUAGAUAAAGACUUAUAGUAUAACAUAAUAUAUUAUCCUACUAGACACUUCAUACUACAUGCUUGUAUAGCAUUUUCACUAUGUCUACAACUAUCCAAAUUUAUUUAUCUAAUAUUUAAAAUAUCAAUUUAUUAUUAAUAUUUUUUCAUAUAUAAAUAAUUAGAAAAUAAAUUUCAAUAUUUUUUAAAACUAAACAUAAUAAUAAUAAUUAUAAUAUACUCUAUAAUAUCGUAUAUUGAUUUAAGCUAGACGCCCCAACGAAAUUGUUUAAAAAAAAUUGUAUAACUAUUUUUGCUAUCAACCACAGUUAUUUGUAAGUAACUAAAAAAAUAUUCUUAUUAGCAAAAUAUUUUUAAAAUACACGAAAUAUUAUCUGUUAGUACAUGAAUUAAACUUAUACUCUAAGUUACCCAACCAAUUAAAUUAUUCUCAUUUUUUUUUUUUAUUUUAAAUUUCUCAAAUAGUUCCUACUUACGAGAAAUAUAAUACCUAAUAUUAUUGUAAUAUUAUCAUUACUAUUGUAUACCUACUUGUGAAUUGAGUACUUGUAUUAUAUAUUUAUAUGUAUAUAAACCUAUUACAUUGUUAUAAUAAACAUAUAUAGCAGUGUUUUCUCACAAA